UCAGUUGCCAAGGUGGAGGUGGAUAAUUGGGCGAAGACCGUCAAGAUGCCUUGGCAGAUAACAGCAAACCUGCCCCAGGAUGCAACAGUGAAGUGGACUCGUCACAACGUCUCAACGUAUCGCAUCAACGUCCAUGUGUUCGAGAACGGCCGAGACCAGGAUGAGACACAGGACCUCGCUUACACAGGCCGCACACAAAUGAGGAAAAACCCGCUGAGGACCGGAGAUCUGGGUCUGACUCUGAUCAACCCGACUCACUCAGACAGCACUCUAUACACCGGCACUGUCUGCAGGGACGGAGACGUCUUAUGGGAGAGACAAGUGCAUCUCAAUGUCAAAGCGAGAAGACAUUACUGACGAGAGGACCGAAGAUGAAGAGACGUUAAUGAGCAGAUGAUCUGGAGCCAUUAACACUUCUGUUUGAAAGAGUUCGUUAUUAUUGAUUUGAACUCUUUUCUUCUUCUUCUGUGUGAGAUAAUUAGACAAGAAAUGUUCUGCUUUCCCAUAAUUAUUUCCUUCAUUCUGACAGCU